UCAGACUGUGCGGGAAGGUGCCAUCCUUCCAACAGAUAAGAGGUUUCCCUGUACUGAGUGCGGGAAACUUUUCUAUUAUGAAUCAAAACUUAAUAUACAUAAAAUAACUCACACGGGGGAAAAGCCGUAUUCCUGUCCUGAGUGUGGGAAAUGUUUUUCUCAGAAGUUCCAACUUAACAGACAUCUGAGAUCUCACACUGGAGAAAAACUGUAUUCCUGUCCUAAGUGCGGGAAAUGCUUUUUACAGAAGUCCGAUCUUUCCAAACAUCAAAGAUCUCACAUGACUGUGCGGGACAGUGCCAUCCUUCCAACAGAUAAGAGUUUUCCCUGUCUUGAGUGCGGGAAGUGUUUCCGCUUAAAAUCCAAUCUUUCUAGGCAUAAUAGAACUCACACAGGAGAGAAGCCAUAUUCCUGUCCUAAGUGUGGGAAAUGUUUUUCAGAUAGCUCCCAUCUUAACACGCAUAUAAGCUUGCACACAGGUGAGAAGCCAUAUUCCUGUCCUGUGUGCGGGAAAUGUUUUUCAAAGAAGUCACAUCUUAACGCACAUCAGAGAUUGCACACAGAUAAGAAGACGUAUUCAUGUACUGAGUGCCGGAAAUGUUUUAGACAAAAAACAGAACUUGUCGCACAUCAGAGAUCUCACACGGGGGAGAAGCCGUUUUCCUGUCCUGAGUGCGGGAAAUGUUUUUCCCAAAAGGGCAACCUUUAUAGACAUCAGAGGUUACAUACGGGAGAAAAGCCGUAUUCCUGUACUGAGUGCGGAAAAUGUUUUUCAAGUAAGUCCAAUUUUUACAGACAUCAAAGAUCACACACAGGGGAGAAGUCAUUUUCCUGUUCUGAGUGCAGGAAAUGUUUUGUAAAAAAAUCAGAACUUGUCACACAUCAGAGGUGUCACACGGGGGAGAAGCCAUUUUCCUGUUCUGAGUGCGGGAAAUGUUUUUCACAAAAGGGAAGCCUUUCCACACAUCAGAGAUUGCAUACAGGAGAAAAGCUGUAUUACUGUGCUGAGUGCGAGAAAUGUUUUUCACACAGGUCCGGUCUUUACAGACAUCAGAGAGUUCACACGGGCAAGAAGCCGUAUUCCUGUCCUGAGUGUGGGAAAUGUUUUUCAGAGAAGUCCGGUCUUUCCAGACAUCAGAGAUCUCACACGGGUGAGAAGCCGUAUUCCUGUCCUGAGUGCGGGAAAUGUUAUUCAGAGCGGUCCAGUUUUAGGACACAUCUGAGAUCUCACACGGGGGAGAAGCCGUAUUCCUGUCCUGAGUGUGGGAAAUGUUUUAUGCAUAAGUCCGCUCUUUCCAAACAUCAGAGAUCUCACACAAAGAAGAAGCCACUUCCCUGUCCUGAGUGA